UUCAUUAUUUGAUAAUAUUUCUUUUUUGUUUAAAUCUUUAUUAUCAAAUAAAAUAAGUUUAAAAUAAUCAAUUACGGUUGUCAUUUAUAUGCCAUCUAAUUGGUUGAAAUUAUUUCUGUGAUCAUCAUCAACGGCGACAUUUAUCAUGGCCGGCUAUUCCUUCGCAACAUCAACUGUAAAUAAUAAUAAUCACAAUACACCGAAUAAUCAUCAAAAAGGCGGCUCUCGAUUUACAGCCGCCGCAUCAUCAUUUUCAUUAAUGAAUCGUUUUGGAAAAUCUGAACGAUCAUCAACACUAAAAUCUAAUGGUAAUAGAAUAAUAAAAAAUAAAAAUCGUUCCAAAAUGAAUUCAUUUCAAUAUAAUGAACGUGAAAAAUUCAAAAAAAUGUUAAUGGAACAUAUGAAUGUUCCGAAUCGACGAAUUUUCGAUCAACGAAAUAAUUUUAAAACGAAUGAAAGUGCUAUUAAAUCAUUACCAACUUUAUUUCAAAAGCCAACCUCACCAUCGAAUAGGAAUAAUUAUCAUGAUCGUCAAACAACGGCCUUAACGAAUUCCUUUUCAUUGUAUAAUCUGGUACAAUCCAAAGGUUUCGCAACAACUUUGCCAACAGUUCAUCAUGACGAAAUUGAUUCGAGAAAAAAUUCAACAUCCAUCAAUACGAGUAGAUUGAAUAUGAUUCAAGAUUAUUGGAAAUUACCUGAAAAAUCUAAUGUUUUUAAAUCAUCUGUUGAGAACAAAAUCAGUUUGGUUUACAAUAAAUCAACUUCAUCGACACAGUUAUCACCACUGUCACAAUCAAAUUCUCAUAAUAAUAAACUGAUUGUUGAUAGUAAUAAAUCCAAUAUAAGUGAUAUGCAAAUCUAUGAAAAAUUAAAUCAUGUAAAAAUAUUUAAAAAUGAUCGUGAAACAAUAACGAGCAGAAUCAAAUCAAUGUUCGAGCCAUUCAUACCGUAUAAUUUUUAUUAUAAAUUUAAAAGAUUUAUACCAUAUAUACAACGUGAUCAUGAAAUAUCGGAUCGUGUAAAACAAAUUGAAGAUACAAAAACUACCGUUGUUGUACCAUUAACGGAAGAAAUUGAAGAUGAAAUUGAUGAAAUUCUAAAUAGUCCCGAUCAAUUAUUAGUAUCAGCAUAUUCAAUUAAUAUUCAUACCAAAGAUAUAUUGACACUGGAUGGUUGUAAUUGGCUUAAUGAUGCUGUAAUUGAAUUUUAUCUGAAUCUCAUCGUAUCAAGAUCUCAGAAUGAUAGGAAAAAAUAUCCAUCAGUAUAUGCAUUUAGUACGUAUUUUUUCACUCGACUUUCUAAUGGUUCCGGUCCAGGUCGUUGGGCAAAUAAAUUGGAUUUUUUCUCUUAUGACUUAUUACUUAUUCCUAUACAUCAUUCAAGCCAUUGGCGAUUAGCGGUGGUGGACAAUGAACGACAAUCUAUCGUAUAUUAUGAUUCUCUUGGAAAUGAAUUUCGUUAUUGUAUCGAUUUAUUGACAAAUUUUUUACAAACUGAAAGUAUAAAAAAGAAAAACAUUGAACUUGAUAUGAAUGAAUGGAAAUUGAUAUAUAAAAUACCUGAUAUACCAAAACAACAAAAUUAUUAUGAUUGUGGUGUUUUCGCCUGUAAAUAUGCUGAAUAUAUUUCCCGUCGUGCUUCAUUGACAUUCACACAAAAACACAUACCUGCAUUUCGUAAAUGUAUGAUGUAUGAAAUAAUUCAUCAAAAAUUACUUGUUUAAUAUUCGAUUGAUCAUGGAUUUCUGAUAUUGAAUAUACAUACCACCAAACGACAUUGUUAUCAUUUUGUAAAUUAUAUUUUUAAAAAAAAUUUAUUACAAUAAAAUUAAUUUAUUCUUGA